AUGGGAAAUCACCAAGGAGGCCUAUUUUUAAGAUUAAUUUAUUUAUAAUAUUUAUUGCAGACAAUUUUUGAGUCCUAGGCUACAAGCUUUCUCACCAUCUUUUACUCCAGAGCAGUUCUGCCAAAAAGAUUUUAUGGCCGCAUGUUGGCUUGAGUCUGCUUAAUCUUUGCCUCAGGCAGGUUUAUUUGCAUAAUUAUCUCAAAAAAGGAUUGACCCCAGAAAGAAUAUUGCGAGGGAAAAAUAAUAUAAAACUUAAUUUUUAAAAGCACACUUCUACAAGAAAUAAGAUACCUGGUAUACCAUCUUUUUAACUAUUCAAGAAGGCCAAAUUUAUAUAUCUUUAGAGUCAAACAAAGUGAAUGUAGGCGAUAUUCUCUCAGGAAGUGUUCACAUUUAUUUAAAAGAACAAAUUUCUGACCCGCAUCUUCUCCUCAUCUUCAAAGGAAGCGAAUCUGUCGAAUUUAAUACAGUGGAAACUAGCUACAACAGGAAUAAAACGAAUAUACGUUUUAUAAAGCAUACAGGAAAGCAAGCAAUUUGUGAGCUUAAAGUAAUGCUAUUAGCUUGAAAAAAUGCAACAGUUUUUCCAGGGAACUAUUCCUUCCCAUUUCAGAUAAAAAUUUAUGACUCAAUUCUGCCGACUUUUUCUUCAAUUUUUGACUCUUCUGGAUUUGCAAAAAUUGAAUAUAAGAUUAAAGCCCAACUGCAAGCUAAAAGUUUAAAUCCGAUAAAAUAUAAACAAACAAUAUCAGUUUUUGCUAGCAAACUAAAAUUAUCACAAGCUCUAUAUCCAUCAAAGACUAUGAAUGAAAGUGUAGGGCGCGGAUGUUUUUUAUUCUGCUAUAAGAAUGAAAUUUCAAUUGCGAAAAUAUGGAUAGAUGGGUACAGAUUUGCGAAAUCAGAUAGCAUCGAUAUUAAUUUAGAGACAAAUUUGUCUAAUUUCUCUGCGAGAAUAAAGAGAGUAGAAAUUGAGAUGAUGAAAGUUAUUUCUGUGACUGCUAAUAAGACUAAUAAAAUGAUCAAAAGCGAAUCUCAAAAAAUCUGGAAGAAAAACUUUUAUCCUGAAAUUAUGCCUCGGUCUGGGGUACAAGUUCAAAAGUUUACAAUAGCUGUGGUAGAAAUGCUGGCAAAUGAAAAUUGUUUUACGAUGAAAUCGAGUUUGAUUAAAUGCCAGUAUGUAAUUAGAGUUAAAUUGCAUACAGAUUAUUAUUGUUGUAAGUGCUAUGGAUUCGAAGAAGUGAACCAAGGAGUUGUGAUUCUCCCUUUACAUGAUAAUAAAAUGGCUUUGGAUUAAAGGAAAUUCACUCUGUGAACUCUUUCCCUCUGUGAAUUCUUUCCCUCUACCAGAUUUUAUUAUUAGGGGUUAGAUUUUACACGUGGACUUCUUUAUAAGAGGAGGAGAUGAAAUUUCUACUUCGCCCACCUGUGUGUCGUGUUUUACUAUAUAAAAGGCAGGACCCUUAGGUCAAACAGGAGCUAGAGGAAAGUUGUAUAGAGUAAGGCAGUGCGCCAAGCCGCAAGUGUUUCUGUACUUCUGGGUUCCCAAAUUGCUUUACGGAGACUUGCAAGAGCAAAUCAGACUGUAAGGCCCAAGAUGAACUAGUGAGUAGCGAUCAGACGCAGAAAAAAAAACUUCUCGUGACGCUGCACAACUAGAAGUUAGCUAAAUUAUGUAAUUUUUUGUUGCUGCUGUUGUGAUUCUCCCUUUACAGUAGAAGUGGAAAGAGUUCCUCCUCCAAUUCCUCCGGAAGAAUGGAAAUCAAGUGUAUUGCCUUGUUCAUCGAUAAGUUAUGAAACUCAAGAUACAAUGUCUUCUAAUACUGCUCUUAUAAAAUCAUUUGUCUCAGUCCCUCUCUUGGAUAGUGAGUAA